AUGACAACAGGAGGAAUAUAUAGCGGGGAAGCGGGAGGAGGAGGAGGAAGGAGGAGGUCGGAGGAGUUCUCGUACAAAUACUACGGACUAUGUGGGGCCGGAGGAAUGCUCAGCGCCGGCACUACUCAUCUUGCAGUUACCCCUCUCGAUGUGUUGAAGGUCAACAUGCAGGUGAAUCCAACCAAAUAUAGUGGCAUCUUCUCUGGCUUCCACACUCUAUGGCUCGAGCAAGGCCCUUCUGCUCUUUGGAGAGGUUGGUCCGGAAAAUUCUUUGGUUAUGGUGUCCAAGGUGGAUGCAAAUUCGGUCUUUAUGAGUAUUUCAAGAGGUUCUAUGCUGAUAUGCUAAUUGAUCAGAAUAAGACUGCCAUAUUUUUCCUUAGCAGUGCUUCUGCUCAAACGUUCGCGGAUAUUGCUCUCUGUCCAUUUGAAGCUGUCAAGGUUCGAGUCCAAACUCAGCCUAAUUUUGCAAAAGGAUUGCUUGAUGGAUUCCCAAAACUUUAUGCCACUGAAGGGUUUUCAGGUUUUCUCAAGGGACUCUAUCCACUCUGGGGUCGCAAUCUUCCAUUUUCUGUGAUAAUGUUCUCUACAUUUGAACAUUCAGUGGAUAUGAUAUACCGCAAAAUUAUGCGAAAGACGAAAGAGGAUUGCUCAAGGGCUCAACAACUCGGAGUGACAUGUUUAGCUGGCUAUACAGCUGGUGCUGUUGGUACCUUUGUCUCCAACCCUGCUGAUAACAUUGUUGCGUCGCUUUAUAAUGGAAAGGCUGCGACAGCCAUCCAGGCUGCCAAGAAUAUUGGAUUUCUGAAUUUAUUUACUAGGAGUCUUCCUGUCCGAAUGACCCUUGUGGGUCCUGUUGUGACUCUGCAGUGGUUCUUAUAUGACAGCAUAAAGGUUCUAAGUGGGCUGCCUACUAGUGGAGGGCUUAGCAAGCGCUUCGACCAUAAUAACAAUACGAUAUCUGCAUCCUAG